GGAGACGUCAGGGAUGGCUGCCCCAGUGGGCAACGACCAUGUGAGGGAUCUCCAGAGUGAGGUGGAAGGGGUAAAGAACAUAAUGUCUCAAAAUGUGGAGAGGAUCCUGGCUCGGGGAGAGAACCUGGACCAACUAAGGAAUAAAACCGAGGACCUGGAGGCCAGUUCUGAACACUUUAAGACCACAUCCCAGAAGGUUGCCCGGAAGUACUGGUGGAAGAAUGCGAAGAUGAUCGCCAUUAUCUGUGUGGUAGUUGGAAUCAUUGUCCUCCUCAUCAUCCUCCUUGCCACUGGAGUCAUCCCCACAUAG